AUGUACCAUCAUAUUGAGGCGUACAAGCUGCUGUACCAGCAGGAGGACUAUUUCGGUACGUGGUGCUACGCAGGCUACGUUGUGCUACGUACGCAGGCUACGUUAUGCUAUGCAGGCUACGUGGUGCGACGCAGGCUACGUUGUGCUACGCAGGCUACGUUGUGCUACGCAGGCUACGUGGUGCUACGCAGGCUACGUUGUGCUAUGCAGGCUACGUUGUGCUAUGCAGGCUACGUGGUGCUACGCAGGCUACGUUGUGCUACGCAGGCUACGUUGUGCUACGCAGGCUACGUUGUGCUAUGCAGGCUACGUGGUGCUACGCAGGCUACGUUGUGCUACGCAGGCUACGUUGUGCUACGCAGGCUACGUGGUGCUACGCAGGCUACGUUGUGCUACGCAGGCUACGUUGUGCUACGCAGGCUACGUGGUGCUACGCAGGCUACGUUGUGCUAUGCAGGCUACGUUGUGCUAUGCAGGCUACGUUGUGCUACGCAGGCUACGUUGUGCUACGCAGGCUACGUUGUGCUACGCAGGCUACGUUGUGCUAUGCAGGCUACGUGGUGCUACGCAGGCUACGUUGUGCUACGCAGGCUACGUUGUGCUACGCAGGCUACGUGGUGCUACGCAGGCUACGUUGUGCUACGCAGGCUACGUAGUGCUACGCAAGGACCGCGCAACCACCCACUGCCGCGCUCGGGACAGCGCGAGCCGCGAGGUGGCAGGAGUUGGCUGAAGUUGACGGGAGGUACCAACACAGCAAGCAAGCAGCCUGCAACGAGAGAGGCCACGCUUCAGUACACCAUGAGCGGACAGACACUGUGCGCCGCCGUGGGCCACUGA